CUCUCUCUCUCUCUCUCUCUCUCUCUCUCUCUCUCUCUCUCUCUCACCAGUAACCUAGGACACACAGAGAAAAGGAGCCCACUGGCCAGCACGGUCCCACACGAGAUGCCGCGAGCGCUGCGUUCAGCACCGGACAGCUCCAGUCAGAGAGAAAACAGAUAAUGCUGUGGAUUUUUUCCACAGAUAACUUAUUACAACUAACGUAUAGAGUUCAAUUCGAGCGCAAAGGAUCUGGUGGAUUACUCAAUGCGCGCGACGUAAUUUUCUUUUUUUAUUCCUUUUUUUAAUUUUUGAUUUCUUAAUUAACACAAUCUCAUCUCAAGAGGACGCUAUUGCAUUUUGAUAAUACGGGAAAAAAAGAGCUCAGACUUAAGAAGGAGAAAAUAUUGGAGUUUGGUUCUCUCUCUCUCUCUCUCUCUCUCUCUCUCUCUCUCUCUCUCUCUCUCUCUCUCUCUCUCUCUCUCUCUCUCUCUCUUGUUUUCUAAGUACAGGAUGUUAUUGUGGUGUGUGGUGCUGAAAUCCGCGCAGUAGCAGCCCCAACAGUCCAGGCUCAUGUCUGUCUCGUUUGCUCUACAUCUAUCUGUCUUUUUUAUGGAAUUACUGAGUUGGAAAAUCUCUCAUUACUGCUGCUAAUAGACAGAAAGAUCGGUGAAGGUACUGUUUUUUUUUUUUUCUUGGAGAAUGGUGAGUGAUCAAUGGGGAGUGAACAUGAAUAGCUCAUCGGAAGUCGAAGAUGGACAUGGACAGCGGGCUAAAUCGCAGACCUUCUGUGAGUGUGUACCCAGCUCGUCACAGCUCAAACACCGCUGGUCUGACUCAGACACUGUCAGGCAAACUGCUCCCAAGAGGAUGAGCUGCAGUUAUCUGCUUUGCACCAUCCUUCUUUUUGUGGCUGUCCUGCUCGCCAUUACAGUAACUGGCACCAUUCUCUUCUUGAACCACUCCCAAUCUCCGGCUAUUUCUGACGGCCCACCACAUAUCACCACCAAUCAAGACGAGGCCAAUGCCUUGGUAACUGUGGAGCGGGGUGAUGGCUCACGCAUCAACAUUUUUAUUGACCCAAACUGCCCUGAUUACAACAGCAAUUUCCUGCGAUUGGAAGGAGUGCAGACAUCGCUACUCCACUCACUUACCGAUCACGACUCAGACCUAAAGUCAGUCAAAGGCCAGGACCGUGCGCUGUUGGUCAACCUUGCAGAAGAAGUUGCAAAGCUCUCAGCACAUGCCGGCCAACUGAAGAUGGACUACGAGUCUUUGAGGAGAGGGCAAAGCAACUUGGCACAGGAUCUUAACACGCUACAAACUGAACAAGGGAAACUUAUACAGCUGCUUUCAGAGAGCCAGCUUAACAUGGUGAAGGUGGUGAACUCGAUCAGUGAUGCCUUGAACUCCAUGCAGAAGGAGAAUGGAGGUUUGAAGGCUCGUGUAAAGGCUGAUCUGCAAAGAGCCCCAGUCAGAGGAUCUCGUAUCAAAGGCUGCGCUAACGGUUCCCGUCCUCGUGACUGCAGUGAUAUACAUGCAAGUGGUCAGCGGGAAAACGGUGUAUAUUCAGUGUUUCCCACUCAUUACCCUGCAGGAUUUCAGGUCUACUGUGAUAUGAGCACGGAUGGAGGGGGCUGGACUGUGAUUCAGCGCCGAGAGGAUGGGUCUGUGAAUUUUUUUAGAGACUGGGACUCUUACAGAGAGGGAUUUGGCAAGAUCACAGGAGAACACUGGCUUGGUUUAAGGCAGAUCCAUGCUUUGUCUAUCCAGGCAAACUAUGAGUUGAGGAUAGAUCUGGAAGAUUUUGAGAACAGUACAGCAUUCGCCCAGUAUGACAUGUUUGGAGUUGGAUUGUUCUCUGUAGACCCUGAGGAUGAUGGCUACCCGCUGACCAUCGGUGACUAUACUGGCACUGCAGGUGACUCUUUGCUGAAACACAACGGUAUGAAGUUUACAACCAAGGACCGUGACAACGAUCACUCUGAAAACAACUGUGCUUCGUUUUACCACGGUGCGUGGUGGUAUAACAGCUGCCACAUGUCCAACUUGAACGGACAAUACUUGCACGGCCAACACACCUCUUACGCCGACGGAAUUGAGUGGUCGUCCUGGACAGGCUGGCAGUAUUCACUCAAAUUCUCUGAGAUGAAGAUACGACCAACACGUGAGGAAAGGGAGAGCAAGUGAUCUUAUCAAAAACAUUUCUGGAAAUCGAAGGGAAAAUAUUGGCAAACACAUAUAUAUAUAAAAUAAAAAAAAACCAUAUAUUUCAUAAAAAAUGUAGAAGACACUGAAAUUAACUAUCAUCGCUGACUGUGAUUGUGACGAGGAGAUAUCUUUUCGGUCACAUUUGUUUUUUGUCUGGUUUUGUUGAAUCAUUUGAAGAGAAAUCUCAGAUCAAGUGUAUUAUUAACGCCACCGGAUUGACUGGUCAAAGCACGUAGAUAAAUCAGGAAGUGGGCAGUGAACCUUAAGAAAAAAUAUACUGUAAUAUUUAUAACUGUUUUCCUUUUGAGUUCAUUUUAUUUUCAUUUUUGUUAUGCCAUCAGUUCCAAUGAGAAGGUGUUUUGGGUUUUCCUCAUAAGAAAGCAUCGGUUAUUAAUCUGAACAAAGUAGAAUGGAAAAGGGAGUUUCACAAAAAUUGUGGUAUUUGUUAAAAAAAGAUCAUUAGUGGAUUCAUGUAUAGAAAAGAUCAGGGGAUGGUUGAGAGUUUAAAACAGAUCGAGGUAUUGGAUUUUUGGCAGGACGUUUAUGUACAUGUUUGUUAUCGCUAUUACUGAUCAUGAGCCAUUUUUCCACCUUCUUCCCCCACAGAUGGUGGUGUGUGUGUUUGUGUGUGUGUGUGUGUGUGUGUGUGUGUGUGUGUGUGUGUGUGUGUGUGUGUGUGUGUGUGUGUGUGUGUGUGUGAGUGUGUGUGUGUGUGUGUGUGAGAGAGAGAGAGAGAGAGAGAGAGAGAGAGAGAGAGAGAGAGAGAGAGAGAGAGAGAGAACGGGGAGUUAUAGAAGUAAAAGCAAGCAAAAGUAAUUAAAUCAAAUAACCGGGAAUACCAGCAGGCUAAUUCUGGUUGCAUCAUUUCUGUCACAAGGAAUCUUAGUGCAUCAACCUGAUACUGUUUUUAUACAUACAUACAUUGCAUACAUUGACUUGGAAGCUUGUCAAAUUUUCUGUCACGUGAGAGUACGAUAGGAAUGAAGAACAAGAAUGCACAGAUUAUUAUUAAUGCCAUAAGUGGAACAUGCUAGCUUUGUAUGGCUUGCUAGCAAAGUAGG